UUCCCUGUUGGUGAUUUGCAGUGGGGGUUUCUGAGGGGAAACAGCUCCUUAAAAAUCAGGGAAUUGUUUCAGGGAGCUGGGAAUUGUUCCUGGACAUUCCCAGCUUUCGGAAUCAGUGGUUGGAUCCAUCUUUUCCUUGCCCAGAAUUCCAGGAAUUCCCCAAAAUCCCGGAGUUUUCUGGUGCCCUGAAGGAAUUUGGGAUUUCCCUGUUGAUUUUCAGCAGGGGUGGGCAAACAGCUCCUUCCAAAUCCCAGAGCAGGGAAUUUUCCCUGGAUAUUCCAAUCUUUGGGAUCCAAACUCAAAUCCACCCCGCGGAUGGAUGGAAAAUUCCGGAAUUUUUUGUUCCCUUUUUCCCAUCCCAAUGAUCCUGCUCCUUAUUUGGCUCCUUAAAAUUUUCAGCCAGCAGGGAAUUCCUUUCCAAUCCCAAUUUUCUCCUCCAUCUUUUCCAAAGCUUUGGAUGUUCCCAGGAUUUCUUUCACUUUCCGCGUUGAUUCUUUCAAACCUCUCAUAAAUUCCUCAUUUUUCUGUUUUAAUUUGGAUUUUUAAGAAGGAUUUUAAACUUUUCUAGGCAAGAUUUUUUCCCAAAAAAAAAGAGGGAUUUUUCCCAUGAAACAGGGGAAUUCCCAAGGGAUGAAUUCCCGGGAAAAGCCGUGUGUUUGUCUCCGCAGGACAGCGUGGAGCACUGCAUCAUCGGCGUCACCAUCCUGUCCCAGCUCACCAAUGAGAUCAACCAGGCAUCGGGGAAGGCUCUGAACCUGCACGACGAGAGCCAGCACGGGCUGCUGAUGCAGCUGCUGAAACUCACCCACAACUGCCUCAACUUCGACUUCAUCGGCACCUCCACCGACGAGUCCUCGGACGACCUGUGCACCGUGCAGAUCCCAACCAGCUGGAGAUCAGCUUUCUUGGAUUCUUCGACCCUUCAGUUGUUUUUUGACCUUUAUCAUUCCAUCCCUCCUUCGUUCUCUCCUCUGGUUUUAUCCUGCUUGGUGCAGAUCGCCUCCGUGCGCCGCUCCCUGUUCAACAACGCCGAGCGGGCAAAGUUCCUGUCCCACCUGGUGGACGGAGUCAAGCGGAUACUGGAGAACCCCCAGGUGAAUAUUCCAGCUGGGAAUGGAGGCUCCGUGUCCUCUCUGUCACGUUUCAUCCCAAAAAAUUCCCGCUGGGAUGGGCUGGAGGACCCUCUGGAGGACACGGGGCUGGUGCAGCAGCAGCUGGAUCAGCUGUCCACCAUCGGGCGCUGCGAGUACGAGAAGACGUGCGCGCUGCUGGUGCAGCUCUUCGACCAGGCCGCCCAGUCCUACCAGGAGCUGCUGCAGAGCGCCAGUGCCAGCCCCAUGGACCUGGCUGUGCAGGAAGUGCCAGCCCCAUGGACCUGA